AUGAUGCAGCUUCAACGUUCCAAUGCCGGAUCCGACAAUGAAGUUGUGAAGCAAACCUAUGAGACAGCAAGGGAUUGCCUGAAAACAAACUAUUAUGGAGUUAAGCAACUUACCGAAGCACUUAUUCCACUGCUUCAAAAAUCCAACUCGGCAACGAUAGUCAAUGUCUCCUCCUCGGUGGGAAAGCUAAGAUUUGGAAUACCAAAUGAGAAAGCAAAGAGGGUUCUAGGAGAUACUGAUAGCCUCAGAGAAGAGGAAGUGGACAACCUAGUUGAGGAAUUUAUGGAGGAUGUGAAGCAGAGUUUGGUUGAAGCCAAAGUCUGGCCUGCCAAGUUAUCUGCCUACAUCGUAUCCAAAGCAGCACUGAAUGCUUAUACAAGAGCCUUGGCAAAGACGUAUCCCGACAUUGCUAUUAACGCAGUCAGUCCUAGUUUCACCAGAACUGACAUAAACGAGAAUACUGGGAUGCUUACAGUUGAAGAAGGCGCAAAAGGUCCUGUAGAGCUAGCUUGGUUGCCUGACAGUCGAGUUUCUGGCCUCUACUUCGAACAGACUGAAUUGUCAACCUUUGAUUGAAAUUUGCGAUCAUGAUACAGUAACUGUAGUAUACGUAGGUAGAUAUGUGUGUGUGUGUGUGGCAAGAACAUGAUAGAAAAUAAUGCUUCAGACUUUAGUCUCAGAUAAGUAAAGAAAUGAUAUAAUUUGUUUCCGUAGCAUCACAAAGCAUUUUUAUACAAUCUUAAGGCAGAUAGCCUCUAGGUAGCAAGUACUUCCCCAUUGUAUGAUGGAGCACUUUCUUUGUUUAAAUUCUAUAAAAGAAAUCACUCACAGGUUGCUUGAAUGCAUUUUCAGGACUACAUAGUUUCUUCGUCCCUAAGAGCGUUUCUCAUAGCAGAGGUCCUCUUGUUAAUUUUUGGAACGGACUCUUGCAGCAUUUCUUCUUGCACAGCAUCCCACGAAAUAUAUCAUAGAC